CCGCGUGCCGUGAGCCACGCCACGCCACGCCUUGGCACAACAAGUUCCCCGGGUCUCGGGCAUGCCGCAUGCGGCCGGCGUCGUCGGCGGCGGCGUGGGCGCGGGCGCGUGGCCCCGCCGCGUCGUUUGUUCGCGCAAUCAUUGAUGAUGAUUCUCUGCUGCCGGCCCACUGCGCCGUGGGCCCCUCCCCCGAGAGCCGUCCUAAUCACGCUCGCAAGUGGACUACUGGGCGGCCGUGGUCCUCCGGGAUCCGUCACGCUCGCUUCGGCUCGGCUCUCCUCGGGUGCCUCCCUACGGUUACGUUACGUAGCCUAGUCCAUUGCAUUGGUUGCCACCGUAAUCCAGGCCCUACUGUACUACUACUUCUAUCUCGUAGUUGUAGGUGGUAAUGCGCUCAAGAUUGCCCGUUGCCACGCACGUCCGUAAUCAAGGUUUGCCUCGAGGUUUUUUGUGUACUGGAGCAGUACGAUCCAUACGAAUUUGGGGGCAAAUUUGAAGCUCGAGCGAGCCUACAGUUUGUUUUUUUUUUUGCCGAAGGAGGUACUCAAAAUACAUGUUCCACCGUAGUAACCAUAUAGGUACAUGGAGAUGCACUGGAGGCUUGACUUUGAAAUAUAUUGUUGGAACUCUCAUCACAUAUGACUUAUAUAUAUAUGAUCCAUCAAUGUGACUC